UCAACACGCGUUGCCUUAACAACGGCCCAAACAAAAACAAACAAUAAACCCAUUUCUCUUGAGCAUUUUAGUGGUGGAAGCCGUGGAAAAAAGCGUUAAGUAAUGUCCUGCUCGUAUGUGCAUUGUGAGUAAUUGCCUGCAGGUACGCAGAAAUAGACAACGUUUGGCUUAAUCGUCGCAAUCGGAGGGGGUAAAUGUGCUCAGCGCAUGUUGUCAACUUCGAAUAGUUGGUCACAACAAAUUGUCAAAUUUUCAGUUGUACAGUGACAGUUGAACGGUUAAGUGGAUUUUCGUCUACACGAAGACACCAAUUUUGCCAUAUUCUGCUCUCAAGCACGCGGAGGACCUUAAUGCAGUUGUUGUGGAGCAACAUGUAUCCCCAAUCAGAGUUGGAUAAUUACAAGUUGCAAGUGGAUUUGCUGCAGGAAAAGCUUAAACAAAGUGAGGAUAACCGCCAACAAUUGCAAAAAGAGCUUCAGCAGAUUUUGCAGCGACGCAGUGAACACGAUAAGUCUGUACGCACCAAAAUCCGACAAAAGUACCAAAGCUUUCUGGACGAACAGGAGCGCCGUAAUGAGCGCAAUAAAAUGCUGAUGCAAAUGAUCGAGCGCAUCGAUCAGCAAACGACAGCGUUAUCAGCGCGUAGCGAGCGACUUAAAAUGAUGAAGCUGCAAUAUGAACGUUACUUCGCCAAACUAAUGCAAGCUCAACCGAUGCGCUGCAUACCAAAUGCUGCGCCAACAACAAGAUUCACGGCAGAAGCUACUCCCAUAACAGCUAUGACAGCGCCCACACAGAUACCAGUGCUACUGCCCGCCGUGGCCGCACAACCGCCAACUACAGCGCCAUCUAUGGACGCACUCAGUGGUUUGAAGAGUGAGAGAACAACAGGCUCGAUGCCAGCAACCGCUACAAUACAACAAGUCGCUGGUCAUUUGGAAGCCACGACAGAAGCACAGUCAACAGCUCUCACGCCACGCAUGUGGACUUUUGCAAUGGCGACACCGACUCCGGCCGGACUGUUGCUCAGCGGAGCGCCGACUACGACAAUGGUUGGUGGUCACGGUGCUCUACCAACGACGACUACACCAUUUGAAUUUUUGCAGUAUCCACUUGGUUAUGGACCGAUGAUGCAGCAGCCGCCGAUUUGUCAGCAAAUUCCAUACGCUACAGCUACUCCAACUGGUCCUUCGAUGGUAUUCGGAAACCGGAGCGAAGUACCACAGGGCUCCAAUGUUGACUUGAAGGAGAAAGAUCAGAGUGUUCUGAAAAACUAUGGACUCACUGAUAACACAGUACCAACCGCAGAAGCUGCGACUUCUACAGAAUUUCCCUCUAUAGUAGAGUCGUCAACCGGUGAAAUAUCUAACAAACAAACUGCGACCAUACCGCAUUCUACAAACAGAAUGGAGGAGAAUGCUGAAACUGAAGGAUAUACGCAUUCUUCAGCUCCUACACCUGUAAACCACAAGCAACUAACAUCUAGACAAUCUGCCGAUAAAUUGGCACGGUACCAGUCAGACAAUUCUACAUCGAUGAAAGCUGCUGGAGACAAUCCAGCAACCGUAAUCAGAGAACAGAAUCCCGCUGUCAAUGAAGUUGUGAGCAGUUUGUCCGAGGUUAAGCUGGAGGAUGCCGAUAUUAAGGACGAUAUGAUGUCUCAUACCGACCCGGCAGUAAGCUCCGAAGGACCAAAGAUGAGCGUAAGAUCUUCUUACAACUUUGAACAAUAUAAUAAAAAGUCAACUUCAAAAGAUGAUUGGAAAGAAGGGAAUAUCGCCAAUUUGAGUACAGCUGAGGAGCACAGGCGAAAGAUUGCCGAAAUCGAGCAGCGUUACGGUACAAUUGAUGCUGAAGAAAAUAACGACUACGCUACUAAAAAUAUGGACAACGACAGCAACCAAACUUACACAGGCUUUAAGCGUUUCUCAGAAAUUGUUAAUACAAAGCAUGAGCCAAGCUCCGAAGAGCUACCAACCUCGAAUGAGAAUUUGGACAAUCAAUCAUGGCAAUCGCACACGGGCUCUGUGGAUGAUGCAGCAAUGGCACCUACUUCUAACGUGUCUUCAACUUCGACGCCUAUUUCGAAUUCCAAAAUUGAUAACAUUGAGAAUGCAAUUUAUGGUGAGCUAGUGAAUCCACAGUUGCCCGAAACUGAGGUGACGACCACACGAACAGCAGCACAAGGCUUCUUUACUGAACUACUUGAACAGCAAGAAACACCUUUGGAAGACAACAAAAAUCAGGAAAGCAAACCACAAGAGCAGGAAUACAUAACAAAAGGAGAAAUUGAAACAUCAAAUCUCUCCGGAGACGCGGAUUACGCCAAUUAUAACCCAACUAUUGAAAGUGACAAUACUGGGGGUUUGAAAGCAAAUAACUCCAAAAAUGAGACAAUCGAUUCACAAAAUCAAGUUACUUAUGGCACCUCCAAUCAAGAGCUUUAUCAGCAAACAAACACAUUCACUGCAGAAAGCGCUUACGGUACUGCGGAAUCAGCAAAUACCUACGCCGAGUACCCAACAGAGCAAAAUAUCAAUCCAACUAACCCCACAGACUCCACAUCUGACCAGCAACAGCAUGAAGAACAACCAGACUAUUCACAGCAAGAUUAUGAAAAUUACGAUGCUACACAGUAUGGCAACUACGACCCGAACGCUUAUCCUGGCUACAUCUACGAUGAAACUACCGGCCAAUAUGUGGUCGAUCCACAAUAUGCUGCCGGUGAUGCCAAUAAUGCAGAAGCGAUCUACUCCUCGCAAAAUUACACUGAACCACAAGAGCAACAACAACAGCAAAUGGAAUAUCCGACUGAUCAAGUUCAAGAAAUCAGUUAUACAUAUGAAGACCAAGCUCCAAUCACAACUGAGCAAUCAGCAUUAGACGCCGAAGCAACGCCCGCUGAAGUGACGGAUGUACCGACCUCGCCACCAGCGGCAGUAAACACGGCUGUUACGCCAGCUCCAAAGGUUGUGAAGCCCACCUCAAUUCUAUCGACGACAGAGAAACAUGCCGCGCAGAGUGAUGCCCAGAAGAAGAAGAAGCGCGUGAUUUUCGUGGACAGCAGCGAAACGGAUGAUAGUUCUAGCGUCAAGGCCCCGGCAGCUGGUGCGGCUGCUCCAGGCGGUGAGAGCGACUUUGAUUUUUCAAGUGGUGCAGAGACAUCGGUUGGUUAAAAAUAUACCUACACCAUUUUAUGCCCCAUUUAAUUACUAGACUUAGUACACUUCUGAAAACUUGUUGUUAUUAUAAUUCUAUUAGUUUUUUGAGAAACACAUGAGAGUUCUCCACGUAUGUAUUACUAUUGCACCUAUAAUUACGAAAAUAUGUAA